CUCUUGAUAAUAACUCGUCUUGCGCGUGCGCUGAACUACUAUCCGAGUUUAUCGAAGAUGUCGCUCGCCAGGAGACUGCUCAUAAGCGCCACUAAAACAGCGUCAUUUCACUUUCUCAACCAUUCACUGUCACGUGUGUGUUUGCUGUUGGCCAGAGUUGAGACCGUGAGAACAUGUUCAGCUGCUCUCAGCUCCUCCGCGCGCUACAGCAGCGCCUCCUCUACCAAAGAGGAGCAUCAAAACCCAUCCGGCAGUCCGGCUGAGAACAUCCAGCUCAGUGAAUCCUGUGUCAAGAGGCUCGCUGAGAUUAUUGAAAAGGGACAGUAUCUGAGGAUAGCAGUGGAGGGAGGCGGAUGUUCGGGAUUCCAGUAUAAAUUCUCAGUGGACACUGUUAAAAAUGAAGAUGACAGAGUGAUUGAAAAGAAUGGUGUGGGGAUAAUAGUUGACCAGGACAGUCUGGAGUUUGUCAAAGGAUCCACUAUUGACUUCAGUCAGGAGCUCAUCCGUUCUUCCUUUCAGGUGUUGAAGAACCCACAGGCUGAACACGGCUGCUCAUGCGGCUCGUCCUUCUCUGUCAAAAUCUGACGCCCAUCCUCUCUCCAUCACAGCGUUAUAGUUUAUGAAGUUGUUAAUGUGUGCAUAGCUAUGUGCUUGUUGAAGAUCAGCCAAAAGCAUGAUGAUAAACUAACGUGAGGGGUUCUGAUAUGCUAAAUCUAUUAAUAUGACCACAGAGGAUGUAAUAGAAGAAAAACAAAAAUCAGACCCUACAGUUGGUGGCUUGUUGUAUAUAAGGAAGACUAAAUAUAUUUCGAAU